AAACUGCUCAAAAUCUGACUGAGUUUCAAGCCCGAUUAAACCUCCACCAGGCUGCGGGUAUGGCGGCUGUCGUGUCUCUUAACACCACCUCAGGCACGGAUGAAGCUGCAGACAGCGGUCCAACUUUCGCCUCUCGGUCAUUUAGCGCAAAUCACGACCUGCCUACCGAUAAAGAAAAUUUAAUGGCCGGGGAUCCCUACCUUUACUCCGAAUUCGCUCCGGGUGAAGAAAACACGACGUCGGGCCGGGAAUGUCAACGAAGGGUCGACCAGAAUUUGUCACCACUGAGUCCCGAAGAAAUUGAGAGCCGUUUGGAGAGAACUAGCCGGGAGUUUUACAACCGUAGAAAAAUAAUAAUAAAAAACUUACCCGCGGAUGUUACUAAUCAGGAGGUCCAUGAGCUGUUGGGAAGCUAUGAUCUGAAGUACUGCUUUGUUGACAAGUACAAGGGCACAGCAUUCGUGACGCUCCUCAAUGGCGAACAGGCCCAGUGCGCCAUCAAAGAGUUCCACCAGAUCAUGCUACGGGACAGGGAGAUCUCCGUGCAGCUACAGCCGACUGACGCCCUCCUCUGCAUCGCCAACUUGCCCCGGUCCUUCACGCAGCAGCAGUUUGAGGAGCUGGUGCGACCUUUUGGCAACCUUGAGCGUGGCUUCCUGGUUUACAGCGCCUCCACGGGCCACUCGAAAGGCUACGGCUUUGUGGAGUACAUGAAGAAGGACUCGGCGGCCAGGGCUAAAUCAGAGCUGUUGGGGAAGCAGCUGGGCUCCCGCAUGCUCUAUGUCCACUGGACUGAAGUGGGCUCGCUCACAUACCCGCAGCUGCACUCCAAGUGCCUAUGUGUAGACCGGCUGCCCCCGAACCUCCUGACAGUCCAGGAUCUCCGGAACGCUCUGGCUGACACCCAUGCACCAAUUUUCUGCCAGUUGGCUCAGGGCCAGGAUGGAAGCUUCCGGCGUUUUGCCGUGCUGGAGUUUGCCACUCCAGAGAUGGCUGAAGAGGCACAGCGACUCGGCGAUAGCAGGCUGCUGGGAGGGACACACAUCAGGGUGUCCUUCUGUGCCCCCGGCCCUCCUGGAAGAAGCAUGUUGGCUGCACUGAUCGCUGCACAAACAAUGGCUGUGAACAGAGGAAAAGGUCUCCUCCCUGAUCCCACAGCUAUACAGAUCCUCACAGGUCUUAAUAACCCUGCCACCCUCAAGAUGCUGCUCAACACUCUGUCACAGGGACACAAACAAGGCCUUCUCGGAGCCGUUCCCGCAGUGCCGCUGCUGGCCAACCCUGCCCUGUCAGCUGCCCUGCUGCAGCUGCUCCUUCAGCACCAGGCUAAGGCCCAGCAGCAAGCCUUUCUGGGAAAUCAUCUUCUCUGGGCUCAGGCAGGACUCAUCGGGGACAAUCCUCUGGCUGCUCUGCCCGUACAGCAGGGAGUCCAUCUGCUUGGAGAUCUCCCUCAAGGUGGUGUAGUCCCAGGACUGGGGUUGCAGUCAGAUGCUGUGCCCUCGAUGAAGCCAGUGCCACUUGGCAGAGGCCUGACGAGGGAGCAGGAUUCCCCCACAUCAGGGUCCAGCUUCCCUCAGACUCGGUCUCCCACCCUGCCAGGCAAUUCCUUACCUCUGAUGGCUGGCAUGGUGGGGGCAGAUGGUCUGACAGCCCAAGGGGUAUCUAUGCUGGGCGAUCUUCCUAAGGAGAUGAACUUUCCACAGAGCACCUUUCUGAAUGUCAACAAUGUUUUUCCUUCAGCAGCAAGCAGCAGACCCCACCCCUAUAGGAAGAGGCCUACACUAAGCAACGUGUCCAACCAGCACACGCAUCACAACAUGCAGCCAAAUUAUAACCUCCGUUACCAGGAUUCCUACAGCCCAGAGUAUCCUCCUCCUGUACAACAGGAUGCCUUGGCCUACUUGUACGAACAGCAGGAGAACCUCGAUGUUGGAGCUUUGGCAGGAUUUGGUCAGCAGUUUUCCUGUCAACUCAACUACUCCGAGCAGUUUCCCCACUACGCUUAUCCCAGCAGCUCGCCCGUCUCUUCAUACUUCAGCUCAGGACCAGAGGCUUCUAGAAAUGGCACCCUCCCUGCCACCCACCUCAACAAGGCUGUGGGAAUGCCUCCUGGAAGCCACAGUGCCCACUACCCUCCAGGCCUGGGGAAUGUUAUGAAGACACCAGUAAGUAGCCAGAAGCGCUUAUUUUCCCGGCUGAUCCCGUCUCCGGAGCCGAGCCCAGAGGGAGGUUACGUAGGCCAGCACUCCCAAGGUCUUGGUGGUCACUAUGCAGACUCCUAUCUAAAGCGAAUCCUCAAGUCCUGGUUUCAUGCUCUUGCAACCUUCAGCUCUGGCUCAAAGUCCUCAGUGUUGGAUCCUGCCUCAGCCUAAGUAUUCAAACCUCAGAAGAAACCAAGUUUGGUUCCAUCUCCAGCUGACAGCUCAAUACCAAUUCCCCCAGACAAGCUCACCUUGCUCACCCUCCACCAACUGUUCACCAAAGACACAAAUUCAUCUCAAGUUUAUUGAUAUGUAUAUCCAAUUGUCUAUACUCACCAAAGCCUCUGCAGAAAGUACUCACCGUCAUCCUGGACAAUUCGACUGUUGCGCAGCAGCGUCUGUUAAGUCCUCCUAGGCUCUGAAUUAUUCCUCCACACCAACAUCUAUUCAUUGAAACAGUAAGCUCAAAUCUCGCUUUAAUUCCCAAUACCCCGUUUAUCUCCAGAGAACUUACCUGUCCUCCUUUCCUGUACAGUGCUGUGCCUCCAGUCCCAGUUCCAGUCCAACUUACAUAAUCCUGUCAAAUAAACUUGUUAAACAUUUCUCCUGCCUCCUGAGUGUCAUUCUGCAUGUGGGUCAAAUCUAUAAAGAACACUAUGACAGCUAUUAAGCUAUCGUUGAAGAAAAAAUGGGGGCCUAUACGAAAUAGAACCUGGAGUUUCUGUGAAGAGGUCUGAGUCAAGCAAUGAUUGGACCUCUCCGCUGGCUUGGUUGAAGAGGCAGCAUAUCCACUAAAAUAGAUUUGUAUCCUUUCUUGGGAACCUCUGUUCCCUCUCCUUCUCUUCUUCUGCAUGAAUGAAGAGAUGUGGCUGAAGUGAAUCCUGAUUUUUUGAUUGGACCUGCUUUGAUUAAGGACAGUGAAACUCUUUUAAAAGGUUUACAUGAAAAAAAAAAAGAUGUUUCUUCUUCUUGUCUGGUGUGUGGCAUGUUGGUGUCUCCCAGUGAUCCUUGAGGAGGUCCAGUGGUCCCAGGACUUGAUGACCAUAAAGGAGUUCAAAAGAAGAAAAUUGUGUAGAUGCCUAUGGUACUUCUUGGUAUGCAAACAGAAGAUAUGGCAGCCACUGGUCCCAGUCAGUCUGUUUGGAAAACAAACUUCCGCAGCAUGUUUUUAAAAGUUUGAUUGAAUCUCUCCACCAGUCCGCCCAUCCGUCUGGGGUGAUAUGAAUGCCAAAAGUAGACCCUCCAACCCAGUGAAUGACACGCCCAAACAAACACACAUUCUAAGCAAACAAAUAAACCAAUUGAAAAACCAGUUGCUGUAUUAUUUACCUAUGUUGUACAUAUAUGUCUCUACCAACAAACAGUUAUGGUUCUUUAAUAUAAAUGGAACAGUGGCUCAUUGCCACACCAAAAUCUUAAUAAAUUAAAUUAAUAUCAAACAAUCUCAUACAUGUUUGCGUUUCCAUUGUUACAUUUUAAAUAAAAUAAUCAGUAUAAUUAAAAGAACAUUGUUUUGUUCUUUGAUUUUUUUCAUGAUUGCGAAGCGACUUCAUAAAUAAAAUGAAUUAAAAACUUUAAAGUGCAAAUAUUUAUUAGCAUUUAUAUUUUAAAGUAUACAAAAAUAUGGUGGAAAAUGAAAAGCACUAUGGCUUCCUGAGUAGGGAGCCAUACUGACCAUGUCAAAAAACACCCAUGUUCUGCAUAAUUAAUUGUUACAGAUUUAUUGUAUUGUAAUGUUAUUGUAAUGCCUCCUAUUUGUCACCUUAAGGUUGUACUGAUAGCUUCCAAGAAAAAGGGAUGAUGAUCCAGAAGCUUCUGUUUUCAGUCAACAGUGACUGCAUUUGCAGUUGGUGCAUGCUUUAUGUGGCAGCUUCAUGAAUAACCUGUGUGCCUCAGUACUUUGACGCAGAUUUAUGGAAUUGGCGUAUAGAAUGCAUCAAAUGAAUCUAUCGAUCGAGUAAGAGCUACAUAUCCUUUCAUGUUUUCUUACCUAAGAAGAUAGUACAUAUGACUUACUGCUUGAUUAUCAAAUCUGACUGAGCAACUGCUGAUGUGCCUUAACAGCAAGACAGGUGUGGCAGGGACUACAGCACCUGACCAACUACAGAUCCAGCAACACCAGCGUGAUCUCUGGGUACGCUUCACUGGCGGAGGAGCUUAACCACUUCUUUGCCCGCUUCGAGGUUGAACCACCAGCGGAGGCCCACACUGCAGUCUACACCCCUCGACAACCAGACCUUCACUGUGGAGACACAGGAGGUGAGAAGAGUGUUGAGGGCAGUGAACCCACGCAAAGCUGCUGGACCUGACGGGGUCACCGGGAGGGUGCUGAGGGACUGCGCAGACCAGUUGGCGAGGAUCUUUACCGACAUCUUUAAACAGUCCCUCUCCCAGUGCUCCAUCCCACCCUGCCUGAAGUCCUCCACCAGGAUCUGACGUGGAUUACUAACUCUACGGCGAUCCUGAAGAAGGAGCAGCAGAGACUGUACUUCCUGAGGAUUCUUAGGAAGAACAACCAUGCGACAAGAGCUGCUGUCCUUCUACCGCUGCUCUGUGGAGUUGGUGCUGAGCUGCGGCAUCUCGCUGUGGUCCUCCAGCUGCACUGCAGCAGAGAGGAAGCAGCUCCAACGGGUCAUCAACAUCGCCCAGAGACUGACUGGCUGCCCUCUCCCCUCCCUGGAGAUUUACUUCACCUGCUGCCUCAGGAGAGCCCGCAGCAUCAUCAGGGACUCCUCACACCCCGGUCACUAUCUUUUUCAACUGCUCCCCUCUGGGAGGCGUUUCAGGGCAAUAAGGACAAAAACAAACAGACAGAAAAACAGCUUUUUUCCGAGAGCUGUUGUUGCCCUGAACGCCUCAUGUACACUGUAACAACUGUUACUAUCAAUAAUGACAUAACCAGUAAAUACAUUCCGUGCAAUUUCUUCAACACUAAGUGCAAUAUUCUACCUCAUGUGCAAUACUGGAACAACCUGUCAAUAUUCUUGUAUAUAUAUUUUUUUUCCACCUGCACAGUCCUUAUAACUUUUUUUUUUUUUAUAACUUUUUAUAACUUUAUAACCUUUUAAACUUUUUAAUAUUUAUUUUCUUUAAUUUGCACUGCUUGCCU